UGGAGAAUUAGUCAAUAAUAUUGUAAUAACUAUACAUGUCUCAAGUGGGUGCUAGACUUAUUGGGGUGAUCACUUCGUAAAUUAUGGAGGAACAUUCUUUAUGUGGGUUUUCCAAACUUGAUUCUUACUUAUUUCUUUCGUUUUCUAUUAUGGGUCCAAGUGAACAUACUGGAAUCUUUGCUUCUGUUUCCUUCUGUCCCCUCUUUGUUCUAGGACAGACUGACCCAAACUCCUGUCCUGAAUUCAGCCCUAAUAAGAUGGUUCUUUGUGUGUACCAUAGUCCCUGGUGGGCAAUAACUUCUCCCUUUGUGUUCACAUUCAAUAUUUGCGACAACAGGGUGAAAAGUAAAUGGAUUUUAGAGUCAAAAGAAUCUCAUUUCAAUCUUGGCACCGCCACUUAAGAUCGUGGCCUUGAAAUUAUCAGUGAACUCUCCUCUGUUCUUCGAUCUUUAUUGCCUCCGGGAAAUAAUCACACACCUGCUCAGGUCAAGGUAGGAUUUGAUGUUAUGUAUAUAAGGCAGCUUGCCCAGUGUCUGGCACGCAGUGCCUGUUCGAUAAAUAGGUCAGUGUCCUGCUGGGCCCUUCUGUACAUUCCAUGCUGAACUCUUUAUACCCAAAGAAACAUAUAGGCACUAGGGUGACUCAGCCCUGCAGGAGGUCCACAAAUCUGACAUGGAGUUCUAGUUCCCCUUUCCUUUUUGGGGCCAGGCUUAUGGCAACUUUAGAAAGACUGACAUGAAGCUUCUGGAGGUGACAACCACCAAGAACAGCAUGGUUGUCUUGUCUAAAGUCCUUCUCGCAGGUGUGAAUGCUGCACCCUUCCUCUCGGGUUUACAAUUCUCUCCUUGGUCUUGGUCACUGCCGUUGGUGUACCACUUCCCUCGAGGGUGCAGCCCACUUCUCCCCUCCACCUCCUCCUCCUUUCCACCGUGAUGACAUCGCCCCGGGGAAGAGAAGCUGUGCAGAGCUCCUCACUCUCAGCUACUUCAGUUUCCGUAUCGGCACCAUGACAUCAUCUCUACCCUGGAAAUUCCACUUGCCCCCCUAUGCUCCCACCUCUGUCCCAGUCCUCAGAGUUCCUAUAAAGAGGGGAUCCCAGCUCAGCAUCAGCACAGAACACAGUCGGGUUCUGAAGCUUCUGGGUUCUUCAGUCUCAGCUCCAGGAAAGCCUCUUCUCUGCCAAGACCAUGAAGCUCUGUGUGACUGUCCUCUCUCUCCUCGUGCUAGCGGCGGCCUUCUGCUCUCCAGUGCUCUCAGCACCAAUGGGUUCCGACCCUCCCACUGCCUGCUGCUUCUCCUACAUCCUCCGGAAACUUCCUCGGGACUUUGUGAUGGAUUACUACGAGACCAGCAGCCUUUGCUCCCAGCCCGCUGUGGUAUUUCAAACCAAAAGGGGCAGACAGAUCUGUGCCAACCCCAGUGAGCCCUGGGUCCAGGAGUACAUGAAUGACCUGGAACUGAACUGAGCUGCUCCAGGCACAAAGGCAGGUCUCCAGGGAAGGUCACCUGGGCCUGACGCUUCUCUGAGACCCACCUUCUCCACCUUCACUACUUCUCUCAGUAGUCCCUGUUCCAUCUCUCAGUUUAAUCUUUAUUAUGUGCUGUUAUUAUAUUUUGUGUUAUUUUCAUAAUUUAUGUUGGUUUUGCCAAAGGGCACAUGUCCCCCAUGGGGAUGGUCCACCAUCAGUUUCUCUGCUAUUGCGGAUACAUGGGUCAUGCGGUUGAUUCCAUGUGUUUUUAUAAUAAAACUUAAGAAUAUA